GUCAAUAUAUCCAAGAUGAACACGAUCAAAUCCACCUGGUAAGGUGAAGCCCGCAAAACACACAAACACACCACAGCCAUGCCAUUGCACCGUCUCAAGAUGCGCCUCAACUAACACGACUCCCAACCCAACAGGAUCGGAUGGGGUACUCUCUGCGUCGGUACGCAACGAACCACCACACCCUUCCCUCCCAAUCACCACACCACACCCCAAACUCCCUCCCAACCGAAACUAACACCCUUAAAAAGCCGGCGGCGGCGCCUACUACUUCGCGAAGAAAUCCAUCAACGCGGACCGCCAAACCCGCUUCGAGACGGAGAUGAAACGCAAAGCGCAGCUGGCUGCGAUGGAAGCGGAACACCGCCGCCAGUCCGCCGUGUCGUUGACCACCCCGACCCCCGUGCCCUCCGACGACCCGAGCCACAAGCGCGCCGCCCAGCUGGCCCGGUCGCAGCAGAACGCCGCCGACGACGUCGCCUCGCCCAGCGCCGAGGCGAGCCACGAUCCGGCCGCGACGCGCCACGAGCCCGAGACCGAGGCCGACCGCGUGCUGGAGAAGGGGAAGUACGAGGCCGCGCAGCCGUUUCGGCCGCCGAAGGGGAACCGGCUUUAGGAAGUAGAUGGGAACAAAAACAACGAGGUAUAGAGAGGGGGUGGGUUUUGGUCUGAGAAGAAGGAAGGGAGCGCGAAAAAUGCCGGUGACGUCUUUCGUGUGUGCUACUGUACCAUAAUGUUUCCCUUACUAAAUGUAUAGGUUCUGCCGUUUCCGGGUAUCGGUUCUUUGAUGGAUGUGCGUAUCCGCGUGUGCACGUAUGGCUUGGCUCGUGGGGGUGGAUUACUUCCGGUGGAAAGCUUGAUUCUCUCUGCGGUCUGCACUACUUCGUGCAUGUCUUGGAUCUCGUGAAGUUCCGGGGAAAUUAGAGCCUGAUUUAUUUCUACAUCCGAAAACAAAUCGACUCCUGGAUGAUCAUUCUCGU